CAAAUUUCUUGGCGUUGUGUAGUUGCCGCUAGAUCUCUGCUGUCUCUCUGUACACCUGAAUCUCCAAAAAGGCAAAAAGCUAACUUGCUUUCAGUGAUUUAUAUUCAAAAUUAGAAUUCCUCGUUAAACGCUACAGUUUUCAGAGCGAACUUUAUAAAAUAUGGCUCCAGUUAGAGUUCCAGAACUAGCACUAGAAACUGCAAAAGAAGAGCUUAAAGCUUUUGUAGCGAAACCAGCGAAUAGAGAUCGAGAGAAAUGGAAGGGAUUUGCAAUCAUUAAUGCAGAUGAGAAUAUGAUGCAAAAUAUGGAGUCUGCUACCCAGUUACAAGAAUCACUGCUUUCGGUCAUGGAAACCAAAGUACGAUUACCAUGCAUAGUGUGCCAAGGUCAAAAAGGUGCUAUAUUUUGUAGAAUAACAUAUACGUCUGCCCUAAAUGCCAAAGAAAAACUUGCAAACUCCCGAUUUAAGCCCCCAUUCUAUUUUGUGGUUUUUCCAAAUGAAACUGUUUUCUAUUGCAUUAAAAAAUCCAUCCCUGAUAUGAUCGCCGACACCCUGAUCAAAGUGUAUGGAGCAACUCGAUUGAGAAUACUUCCUCUUGAAGGCAAUGAUUUCCGUUCCCUAAGACAACUGCAUUUAAACAAGAUUAGCAAAGGAAAGAUCUGUAGAAGACCUGUCAAAACUACACAUCCAAUCGAUGCAGACGUCGAGAUGAAAGAAUCUCAUUCGGAUUUAAAAGAAGACAUAGAAGAUGAAGAUAGACCAUGGAAGAAAAGAAAAGAUGAAUACUAUUCUGAGCAUUUCUAUCCUGAGAAGGAUCCUGUCAUAACCAAAUUCACUGUUUCGUCUUCGUCCAAGUUCUCCGGUACCCGGACGACUUCGAAACUUAAGUGCGACCUUAAAGUAACCUUACGAUCAGACAACCUCCUCGAGUUUUUUAACUAUUCAUUGGACAAGGGAAUUCUCACGUACCCUUUAAACCCGUUUUUUGAAAACAUCGUUAAUUUAGGGCGCACCUCAAUUUCAACAAAGGAAAUAGAAGAAAACUAGACUGUAAUUGUUGCUACAUUUUUCAUUUUCACACUGUAUAAUACGGCCAUUACGGUAAAUUUAAAUGAUUUUUAAAUACACGAUUAAUCUGGAA